AUGUCAGCACAGAUACUGCCGGUAGAAGCCUCCUUGCCUGCCUCUAGAACUAGUUUUACCCGCCGUGAGACUGCCCCGGCAAAGCCCUGGACUCUGCUGCGGAUAAAGAAUUCUGCAGGGCUUCUUUCCGCCCCUUCUCUCGUUCGUCAUGAAAGCUUCCAGAAUCCGCGCAUGUCAGCAUCGCGCGGCAGUAGCAGCAACACCAUUGCAAGCACUUGCCCAAUCAAUCCCGAGUUCCAAGUCCAAUGGCCGAUUGCUAAGAUGGCCAUGGACGCCGCUGACUGCAGCUUGAUUGACACCCGUCACGGAGCCAAUUGGUCGCUCCCCGGUAUCUACGGAUGCUAUACAAGUGCGGGAGUCAGUGAUGCGGCUCGCAUCUUAAAUCGACCAUAA